CCUCUCUGCACCACUCUCCUAGCACGGGUCAUCUCCAAGGACACUGGAACACAGAGAUAUUACCUACAAAGUCCCAUACCUGGAGCCUGCAGCCUCAGCCUGGGUCCCAAUAUGGAGGGAAUAACCUGUGCCUUUCUCCUGUUGCUAGCAGGUUUGCCCACCUUGAAAGCCAAUGAUCCAGUUGAUAAAGACAGUCCCUUCUACUAUGACUGGGAGAGCCUGCAACUGGGGGGAUUGAUCUUUGGAGGGCUCCUGUGCAUCGCUGGAAUCGCCAUGGCCCUGAGUGGCAAGUGCAAAUGUAGGCGCAACCAUACGCCCAGUUCCUUACCUGGGACAGCCACUCCACUCAUCACUCCAGGUGAGCUGGGUCUCUGGUGGGAUGCAGGAAGGAAGGAUAGGAUAGCAAAGGCAACAGGUCACUGAAAUGACCCAACUCUCCACAGGCUCUGCCAAUACCUGCUGAACUCAACACAGGACCAAGUUUGGAGGCAGGUUUUUGACAGCUUCCUGCUGUACUUCCUCUCUGGAGAUCUUCCUCUCCAGGAUGGUUUCCGGAGACCAUACCGUUAAGUCUUCAGUGAUAGGGAAGGGUGUUGCAAAGCCGAUUUUAUAUUA